AUGACUCAGACUCGGAGAAAUCCACGAUCCAAAGCGGAUAAUACGUCUAGCACAAAACCGAGACUGGAAGAAUUUCAUCUCUUUCGAUUUCUCCCGUAUGAUCUGCGACACACAAUUUAUAUCCUCGCCACCCCUCCACGGGUCGUUCGUGUUGAGGAAGGGCCAGUCAAUCCCAAGGAGAAGCGGGCAUGGAUCGACCAAGACUACGAGAGCUAUUUCGACUAUGCAUUCGAAAAGUUUUACAAGGAGAAGCUAGUCAAAUUGCCAGUUCCGAAGCUACACCCGGAUCUGGCAGCAUUUGCGCAUAACUGGCGACACAGAAUUCCAUGGGAUUCAUAUAACCGCCAAUACAAGCAGACAUGCCUAGAGACGUAUGGUUUCACCUCCAAUUCACCCGUUUACGAGCCUUGGCAACCAUCAGAAGAAACACCAUGCAUUCCGACGGACUGGCUCGUCGACUUUCCUGAGCUCGCAUUUGAAUUGACCCGCAAGUGUGCUUUGUACAGCGAGGCUGAGAUACCUGUGUUCUUGCAUGUAUGCUCAGAAUCACGACAAGCGCUCGUCAACUGGGGCUACCGGCUCUUCUUCGCAACUAGAACAACAGGUCCAAGAAUUUGGUUUCAUCCCGAGAGAGACCGUCUCUACAUCCCUCAUACAGUAGAAACCUUUCCGAGGGCAUAUGACAGGUAUUACGGAUCUGGCCUUCCGGGGGAAGCUCACACGCCAUACCCAUGUCCUGAGUACAGUAUGCUACUCUCAGGUUGUCACUGGGAUAUAGGCCAAUACCGCGUGGAUGACUUGAAAAAAGUCAGGAAUGUCAUCCUUGAAAGCCCAUCGACAGGGAAGGACCAGGAUGCAUUGGUCCGUGAACUUCAGUCUCUUCUUCCUCUCCUUUCGGGCCUAAGCGAGCUGCUCCUUGAGAACUGGGGACUAGAAGAAUUUGGGGACUGGUUCUAUCCAUUCCGUGGUUCGCACACUGUGGAAGUCAAGACACCUGCCAGCUCCGUCGCUUGCAUCCCUGUUGAGGAUAUCGAUGCUAUAGGAUAUGCUUUCUGGGAGCGUUCCCGAGCAAACGACGAUAACAGGCUCGGACCAUUAUGCUACACCGGGUAUCGUAACAGCGACUUCAACGAAUUUCUAGAAAACCCGUCUCGAUCUAAAUCGUACCAUGUGGCACACGCCGAAGCAGUAAAGACUGAGCUUCUUGAAUGGAAGUCUGACCUUGCAACAUCCCAGAAGCCGCGAAUCCCUACCAUUUGCCACGUCAAUAUCUGCCCAGACUCUUUUUCAAAGGUCUACUUGGCCAACCGACACAGGUUCUGGAAGGCUCUGGAGUCUCUUGACCCUAUGCAAGUCCAGGACUUGGACUUUCGAGAAAAGUUCUCACUGCGGAUGAGUAACUGUCCGCCUCCUUUUAGGAUUCACUGGCGACAGUUGGACUGGGACCGCGACUGGCCAGACACAGUUGAGAUUGCUCGAUUGACAGAUGCGAUGGGGAUCGAUUGGUACAUGGAAGGGACGCUUCAAGCUUGGUAUUUGACGCGGUUUGAGGUUCCGGAACCGCAGUGUAUUGAGCUGUAA